AUGGAAUGGAAAUUGCUUCCUGUUCACCUGUUGGUGUUUUUUCUUUUCUUGAUACAAGUUUCUUCUCAAGAUUUACCAAGCUGUGCAGGGAGAUGUGGGGAAGGGUAUUCUAGAGAUGCCGCCUGCAACUGUGAUUAUAACUGUCAAUACUACAUGGAGUGCUGUCCUGAUUACAAGAAAGUCUGCACAGUGGAACUAUCCUGUAAAGGUCGUUGCUUUGAGUCAUUUGCCAGAGGGAGAGAAUGUGAUUGUGACCCUGACUGUAAGAAUUAUGACAAGUGCUGCCCAGAUUAUGAAGACUUCUGUGAGAAAAUACAUAAUCCGACAACACCACGGCCACCUCCAAAGAUUCAGCGGCCAUCUCCAGAAUCUCCUCAAACCAUCAAAUCAACAACUAAACGUUCCCCAAAAACUCCAAAGAAGAGGACCUCUAAUAAAGUGGUAGAAUCAGAGGAAAUAACAGAAGAACAUUCUGUUUCUGAAAAUCAAGAAUCCUCCUCUUCCUCUUCUUCUUCUUCCUCUUCAACUGUUCGGAAAACCAAGUCUUCCAAAAAUUCAGCUGCUAAUACAACACCCAAGAAGAAACCUAAAGCUAAAGAUUCAAAAAAGAAGAGAACUCCAAAAGAAAAGCCUACUCCAGCACCUCCUGUUGUAGAUGAUACAGGAAGCGGGAUAGACAAUGGACCCACUGCUGUUCCUACCUCCAAGCCCAAUAAAGUCACCACAACACCCAAAACAACCACAGCAGCACCACCAGUAACUCCCAAGGACAGUAAUAAAGUCACAUCUAAAGAGACAACUGCAACAACUGAAAAGGAGACAUCCACAGCUGCUAAAGAGACAUCAGUUGUAACAAAAGAGGUGACAAGUACAGAUAAACAGACCUCAACCACAGCCAAAGAGACAACAACUUCAGCCAAAGAAACACUACAGACUACAGAGACAAUGACAACUGCCGAAGAUCCUAAGCCCACUCCUGAGGAGCCUAAGCCCACACCUAAAGACCCCAAGCCUACACCUGAGGAGCCUAAGCCCACACCCAAAGACCCCAAACCUACACCUGAGGAACCUAAGCCUACACCCAAAGACCCCAAGCCUAAACCUGAAGAGCCUAAACCCACACCCAAAGACCCCAAGCCUAAACGUGAAGAGCCUAAGCCUACACCUGAGGAACCUAAGCCUACACCUGAGAAGCCUAAGCCUACACCUAAGGAACCUAAGCCUACACCUGAGAAGCCUAAGCCCACACCUGAGGAACCUAAGCCCAAACCUGAGGAACCUAAGCCUACAACUGAGGAACCUAAGCCUACAACUGAGGAACCUAAACCUACACCUGAGGAGCCUAAGCCCACACCUGAGGAACCUAAGCCUACACCUGAGGAGCCUAAGCCCACACCUGAGGAACCUAAGCCUACACCUGAGGAGCCUAAGCCCACACCUGAAGAACCUAAGCCUACAACUGAGGAACCUAAGCCUACACCCAAAGACCCCAAGCCUACACCUGAGAAGCCUAAGCCUACACCUAAGGAACCUAAGCCUACAACUGAGAAGCCUAAGCCUACACCUGAGAAACCUAAGCCUACACCUGAGGAACCUAAGCCUACACCUGAGAAGCCUAAGCCUACACCUGAGGAACCUAAGCCUACAACUGAGGAACCUAAGCCUACAACUGAGGAACCUAAGCCCACACCUGAGGAACCUAAGCCUACACCUGAGGAGCCUAAGCCUACACCUGAGAAGCCUAAGCCUACACCUGAGGAGCCUAAGCCUACACCUGAGGAGCCUAAGCCCACACCUGAGGAACCUAAACCUACACCUGAGGAGCCUAAGCCCACACCUGAGAAGCCUAAGCCUACACCUGAGGAACCUAAGCCCACACCUGAGGAACCUAAGCCUACACCUGAGAAGCCUAAGCCCACAGCUGAGGAACCUAAGCCCACACCUAAAGAUCCCAAGCCCACACCUGAGGACCCUAAGCCUACAACUGAAGACCCUACAACCUUCCCCAAAGACACAACUUCUGUUCCUACUACACCUGAAGUGACUACAGUUGCUAAGGCUAAAAUAACAGAAAAAGAUAGCCCUACUACACCAAAAAUUACAACUGCUACACCUAAGGUGAUAAGUACAACCACUAAAGUUACAACAAGAACAGUCAGUUCACCAAAAGUAACAACUAAAGUGACAACUACUGAAGCUAAGGCAACAACUACUGCCACCAAAGUGACAACUACUACCACUAAAGAGAAAACUACAACAGCCAAAGAAACAACUGCUACAUCAAAUGAUAAAACUACCACCCCUAAAGUAACAACUCCAGCUCCUAAAAAACCAACUCCUAAAGUGACAACUGCCCCUAAAGUGACAUCUACCACCACAAAAGAGACAACUACAACAACCAAAGAAACAACUACUGUACCAGAUGAAACUACUCCUGCCUUAAAAGAGACUCCUAAGCCUAAAGUGACAACUCCUAAACCUAGGAAAACAACCACUACAACAAAAGAAACAACUACAAAGGCUAAGGAAACAACUGUUGUAACAAAGGACAGAACUACUCCCAUGGUUCCAACUCCUGCCCCUAAAGUGACAAACAAGAAGACUACAUCUGCACCCAAGAAACCAGUAACUACACCUAAAAUCACAACUACAAGUGAAGAAAUGACCACCUUAGAGACAUCAACAUUAACUGAACUGAACCCUACAGCAGCGGCUGAAACUACCCUUCAAACCACUCCUGGAUCCAACAGAAGACCAAAUUCAGAAAUAAUAAACCCUUUUGCCAUACCAGAAGUCACCCCAAAGAAUGAGGGUUUAAAUAUUUUUGAACAGGAGUCUUAUCUGAAACCUAGACCACCUGUGUUUGUUCCAAUAGGUAUCCCAGGUUCUAGCAUCUAUGUGGGAAGACCCAGGCAAGGCAUUAGUGAUGUCCCAGUGCUUUCAGAUGAGACUAACCUUUGCAACGGGAAGCCAAUAGAUGGACUGACUACUUUGCGCAAUGGGACAUUGGUCGCAUUUCGGGGUCAUUAUUUCUGGUUGUUGAAUCCAUUCACUCCACCAUCACCACCUCGGAGAAUUACUGAGGUUUGGGGCAUCCCUUCACCCAUUGACACUGUCUUUACUAGAUGUAACUGUGAUGGAAAGACUUUCUUUUUUAAGGAUUCUCAGUACUGGAGGUUCACCAAUGAUGUAAGAGAUCCAGGUUAUCCUAAACCUAUUGUUAAAGGAUUUGGAGGUCUAAAUGGGAAAAUUGUGGCAGCUCUGUCAAUAGCUAAAUACAAAAACAGGCCUGAAUCGGUUUAUUUUUUCAAGAGAGGUGGCACCGUUCAGCAGUAUACCUACCAGCAGGAACCAGCUAAAAAGUGUUCUGGAAGAAGACCCACUAUGAACUAUUCAGUUUAUGGAGAACCCGUCCAAGUGAGGCGUCGUCGCUAUGAACGGGCUAUCGCUCCCUCCCAGACACAUACCAUCAGGAUAAGCUAUUCACCUGUCAGAGUCACUUAUCAAAAAGGUUUCCUUCAUAAUGAAUUUAAAGUGAAUUCAGUUUGGAGAGGUCUUCCAAGCAUGAUUACCUCAGCUAUUGCACUGCCUAAUAUCAGAAAACCUGAUGGCUACGAUUAUUAUGCCUUUUCCAAAGAUCGCUACUACAACAUUGAUGUACCUACUAGAACAGCAAACUUGAUCACCACCCGUUCUGGACAAACAUUAUCCAAUGUCUGGUAUAAAUGUCCUUAAA